AUGUCUCGUCCGCCGAAAGUCCUUAUUAUUGGCUGCGGCGUUGCUGGCCCAGUUCUAUCAAUACUUCUCAGAGAUAAAGGUUACCAACCAGUCGUAUAUGAGAAGGUCAAGGUACUGGCAGAAGCUGGCGGAUCACUGAUGCUGAAUCCAAAUGGAAUGAAAGUCUUGAACAUGGUCCGAAGAAUCGAUGAUCUGUUAGAAGGAACCGCGACACUCCCAAUAUCCGACUUCUGGCAUGGAACAGAUACAGGCGAGACACUGGCUCACAAUAGCCUCGGAGCAGAGUUUGUAGGCAAAUACAGCCAGCCUUCAGUGGGUAUCAAACGAACGACUAUCAAUCUCCGGUUGAAGAAGAUGCUUCUAGACGGAGGUAGCGAGCUCCACGAAGGAUACGAGCUUAUCAACAUCGAAGAAGGUUCCGACUCUGUUACUGCGCAUUUUAGCAAUGGAGAAUCUGCGACAGGUGCAUUUCUUAUUGGUUGUGAUGGUAUCAAGGCAGCAUCACGACGCAUUUUCCUCAAGAAAGCCGGGAAAGAUGAAGGACCACCAACUUUCACUGGUUUGACUCAAACCGGUGGAAUCUCGAAAACCCCAAAAACACUUGCCAAGAACCCUGGAACAUUGUAUAACUGGUACGGAGCCGGUGUACAUGUUGUCGCCUAUCCAAUUUCAACAACACAUACCUCGUGGGCAGUCACUUUACCGCAAGCAAGUGAGCAGCCUGAAACAUGGGAGCUAGCCAGUGGGGAGGAACUCGCAGAUCGACAAAGGAUGCUGGAGGCUAAAUUGAAAGGGUUCGAGCCAGUCGUGUUGGAGUUGGUGAAGGAUGUAGAGCGAAUUAUAUCCUUUGGCCUGUUCGAUCGUGUCACGUUAGACAAGGAGGAUUGGUUCUCAAAGCGCUGUGUGCUGGUUGGUGAUGCGGCGCAUCCUACAAGUCCCCAUUUAGGACAGGGUGCGAACCAGGCUCUAGAAGAUUGUUAUCACCUUAGCUGUCUUCUCCCUCAAGUGAAAAAUGAUGCAAAAUUUGAUGACUACGCAGUCCUGUCAAAGAUUUUCGAAGAGUUUGCAGGGAUUCGACAACCGCGUACCUCGACCCUUGUGAAAGGUGCUCGAAAGAUGGGAGAAGACAGAGUGGUGACUGGAGGUUUGGAGCUUUGUCGGCAGCGCGAUGCCCAGAUUGCUGUCCAUUUUGGAGACCUUGAGGCAUUAAAGAAAUCCUUUGAUGGCUUGUAUAGCAAGCCUUUCUAA